UUGGAUCACAGCGCUGAUCUGGCAUUUCUUGGCGUAAUUGUGGCCGUAUUCUCGGUUGGACAAACUAUCGCCAGUCCAGUGUUCGGAUUCUGGAGUCAAAAAACACGUAGUGUGAAAUAUCCGUCCAUAGUUGGCGUCAUACUGACGGCUUUCGGCAACGUUCUAUACGCAAUGUUACCAACAAUUAAAACAAACGCUAAAUGGUACAUGCUCGUUUCGAGAGUAAUUGUUGGAGUGGGUGCAGGUAAUCUUGGUGUACUCCGUGCCUACACAUCAACAGCCAGCUCUGCAAAAGAUCGAAACAAGGCGAUGGCAUUAGGUAUUGCUUCGUUUGUGAUUGGCCAAUCCAUUGGACCCGGAAUGCAGGCACUAUUCACACCGAUCGGUGAAGAAGGAAUCUGGAUUGGUACUGUACAACUGAAUGUAUACACAGUGCCCGCAUAUGUGAUGAUCCUACUGUCGAUCGUUUCUUCAUUCCUUCUGAUGUUUUGCUUUACCGAAUCGUAUGCUGGAAUCAUGGAAACAGAUGAAGAUAGUGAUUCAUACUUGGUAAUACCGAAAUUCGAUAAAAUAGCUGCAUCAGUUUUAAUUUAUAUGUGGUAUGUACAGCAGAGCAUCGUUACAACAAUUGAGGUGUAA